AUGCAGGGAUCACCUACAUGCCCUCACCCCACAGGAUCCAGCUCUAUGCAGGGAUCACCUACAUGCCCUCACCCCACAGGAUCCAGCUCUAAAAAGGGAUCACUUACAUGCCCUCACCCCACAGGAUCCAGCUAUAUACAGGGAUCACCUACAUGCCCUCACCCCACAGGAUCCAGCUCUAUAAAGGGAUCACUUGCAUGCCCUCACCCCACAGGAUCCAGCUCUAUGCACGGAUCACCUACUUGCCCUCACCCCACAGGAUCCAGCUCUAUGCAGGGAUCACCUACAUGCUCUCUCCCCACAGGAUCCAGCUCUAUAAAGGGGUCACUUACAUGCCCUCACCCCACAGGAUGCAGCUCUAUACAGGGAUCACCUACAUGUCCUCACCCCACAGGAUCCAGCUCUAUAAAGGGACCACCUACAUGCCCUCACCCCACAGGAUCCAGCUCUAUAAAUGGAUCACUUACAUGCCAUCACCCCACACGAUCCAGCUCCAUGCAGGGAUCACCCACAUGCCCUCACCCCACAGGAUCCAGCUCUAUAAAGGGAUCACUUACAUGCCCUCACCCCACAGGAUCUAGCUCUAUGCAGGGAUCACCUACAUGCCCUCACCCCACAGGAUCCAACUCUAUAAAGGGAUCACUUACAUGCCCUCACCCCACAGGAUCCAGCUCUAUGCAGGGAUCACCUACAUGCCCUCACCCCACAGGAUCCAGCUCUAUAAAGGGAUCACUUACAUGCCCUCACCCCACAGGAUACAGCUCUAUGCAAUGA